CACUGGAUUCCAUUUUAUCCAUUUGUUAUUGAACAAAAAAAAGGUUGGUGAUGUCAAACCAGUCAUCAAUAAGCAAGUUCCUCCUGGCUGGUUUUUCUGCCUGCCAAGACUGCCAGAUACCCAUCUUUUCUGUAUUCCUUUUAAUUUAUAUUAUUACGAUCUUAGAAAACAUGAGCAUCGUGUUAUUGGUCAUACAAGACCGCAAACUUUGGAAGCCCAUGUAUAUAUCUAUAGGAAAUCUUUCCUUCUUGGAGACUGGAUAUGUCAAUGUUACACUUCCCAAUAUGUUAUUCAACAUCAUCACAGGAAAUAAUGAAAUAUCAUUUAGUGGAUGUUUGGCUCAGUUGUUCUUCUUUGUCUUUCUGUGUGCCGCUGAGUGCUAUCUCCUGGCCACCAUGGCCUAUGACCGUUACAUAGCAAUCUGUAUGCCACUACAAUACCCUGUCAUAAUGCAAGAAUGGUAUAUUUGGUGCCUCCUUUUAAGUUCUUGGUCUGCUGGGUUUUGUACACCAGUUUAUCCAAUCUAUCUUUUUUAUCAGAUGAAUUUUUGUGGAUCCAAUAAAAUAGAUCAUUACUUUUGUGAUGCUUCUCCACUGUUAAAGCUGGCUUGUGGGAAUAUCAAAACUGAAGAACUUGUUGACUUCUUUAUAGCUGCAUUUGUUCUUCUUAGCUCAUUGCUGGUUAUCUCCAUCUCUUACAUCUGCAUCGCGCAGACUAUCCUAAAGAUGCCUUCUUCCAAUGGUCGUCAGAAAGCAUUCUCCACAUGUACGUCCCAUCUGACUGUAGUCUGCAUCUUUUAUGGAAGUCUGUGCUUUACAUACAUGCGGGUCACACCAGAUUCUAUCAGUGCAUCGGACAAGCUUGUGUCUGUUUUAUAUCUUGUUAUCACACCUCUGUUUAAUCCAAUCAUUUAUACACUAAGAAACCGUGAUGUAAAGCUUUCACUGCAAAAUGUCCUUGCAAAUCAUUCAAAAACAUUGAACAAACAAUUUCACUGA